GGGAGUUAUAUCAGCCUGUGCUAUACAUUCUUAAUCUCACAAUUCCGCCGGCUCCCGAGUGAGGUAACAUCGUCCCGAGUCCCUUGCCCUCUUAGCUGCAGCAUUGCUCAAGGGGAACGUGGGUGUUAUCAUUUCCCCUCACUGGUCCAACUCUCACUUUCGCAACCACAAGCACUUCCCCUCUCAUCUGCCAUCAUGAGACACUGCUUCUCUGGAAGCACAUUUAAACCACCGUGAGGGCUGCUAUCUAGAACUCAGAUCAACGAAGCACACACCAAGACCGCCAUUCCACAAGAUGCGAACUCCCCCACUUUCCACGGUCGCAUUGCUCGUGCAGACGGCGCUCGCAGUCACCAUCAACGAGAUCACUGGGGACCGGUACAUCUCUCCAUAUGCCGGUACUCAGGUCACUGGUCUGGAGGGUCUGGUGACUGCCAAAGGUUCCUCUGGGUUCUACCUGCGCUCCACCAGUCCCGACUCUGACGACAAGACCUCGAACUCAGUCUAUGUCUAUGGAAGCAGCGUGACCAAGAGCGUCACCGUGGGAGACAUCGUCACCCUUAGCGGCAAGGUCACCGAGUAUCGGUCCACGUCAAGCUAUGUCUACCUGACCGAGAUCGAGUCCGCGACCGACAUCACGGUGGUCUCAAGCGGCAACACGGUGACUCCCAUUGUGAUCGGUGGGAAGGGACGGAGCCCUCCCACAGAGCAGUUCACAUCGCUCGACAACGGGGACCCGUUCAGCCUGCCAGGAAACAGCAGCCAGCUCUCGACGGCCAAUCCGGUCUUGGAUACCACCGCUUACGGGAUGGACUUCUGGCAGAGUCUCAGUGCAGAGUUUGUUAGCUUGUCGGGACUGACAGCCAUCUCGAAGGCCAAUUCGUACGGCGAUACUUGGGUCAUCGGGGAUUGGGCGGUAUCGGGGAAGAAUGAACGUGGAGGGUUGACGAUGACUGCUAAUGACUCUAACCCCGAAGCACUCUUCAUCGGCUCGCCUCUUGAUGGAAGCAAGAACCCGACCGAUGUCAAGUUGGGAGAUACACUCGGGGAUAUCACUGGAAUCAUCACUCAAGCGUACGGCUAUUACGCCCUACUACCGUCGACCGCGUUGUCCGUAACAGCCUCGAACGCGACCGAAGCACCCAAGACGUCGUUGGUCUCGAACAAAAAAUGCAAAAUCACCUUUGGCGAUUACAAUGUGGACAACCUGGGGCCGGACUCAUCGACGCUCCCUGGCGUCGCUGGCCAUAUCGCAAAUCAGCUGCAAAGCCCAGAUAUCGUCUUUCUCCAAGAGAUUCAGGAUAAUGAUGGUUCGACAAAUGACGGUGUGGUAUCGGCCAAUGUGACACUCUCAACGUUGGUCAGCUCGAUCGCGGAGCAGGGCGGUGUUCAGUAUGAAUUCUUUGACAUCGAUCCGGUCGACGGCACCAACGGCGGCGAAAGUGGUGGCAAUAUCCGAUGCGCUUACCUGUACAAUCCUGAGGUCGUGCGGCUGCGCGACGCUAACCCAGGCACCAGCACGACGGGCACGACUGUUAAAUCCGGAGGCACGUUGAGCUACAACCCGGGGUUGAUUGAUCCCACAAACGAGGCCUGGGAUGCGAGUCGGAAGCCCCUGGUGGCGCAGUGGGAGAGGGCGGAUGGGAGGAACACGUUCUACACCAUCAACGUGCACCUGUCCUCCAAGUACGGCAGCACGUCUCUGGAAGGCGACCUCCGGCCACCUGUCAACGGUGCUGUGGAGAAGCGAGCUUCGCAGCUUAGUGUGAUUGCGGACUUUGUGAGCUCUCUUUUCGCGGAGGUGGCCGACGCUAGAGUCAUUGUGGCCGGAGAUUACAAUGAGUAUUCGUUCACGGACAUUUUCGACGUGUUCACAGAGGUGGGCCUGCAGGAGAUCGAUGAAGUCGCUGGCCUUGCGGCAACGGAGCGAUACACCUACCUAUAUGACCAGAACAGUGAGCAGCUGGAUCACAUGUUUAUCAGUUCGGCACUGGCCACAGGCGCAAAGGUGGAACAUGUCCACGUGAACACCUGGGUCUCAACCGCAGACCAGAGUUCCGAUCAUGAUGCGACAGUAGCCCAAAUGAACGUUUGCCAAUAA